AGAGAACUUGAGAGAGAAAAAAGUGCUAACCCUGCUCUGUUUAUCAAGGUCAAGCUAAUGUAGGAGAGCCGAAUAGGCAGUUUGUCUGUGAUGGCAAAGUUAAACUUUUGCCUUAGUAUCUUUGUUUUCUGCAUAAGUCUUUUCAAUAUCCAAACAAAAUGCUUUGAUGAACGUCCUUGGCUUUACAAACACCACGCAGCCUUAUUCAUAUUUGGGGAUUCAUUGUUUGAUGCUGGGAAUAACAACUACAUCAACGCUACUAUUGGCAAGGCUAACUUUUGGCCAUAUGGUGAAACCUUCUUUCACUACCCAACUGGCAGAUUCUGCGAUGGCCGUCUAGUGCCAGAUUUCAUUGCUGAGUAUGCAAAGUUGCCGUUCAUUCCACCAUAUCUACAACCCGGUAACAAGCUAUUUACAUAUGGGGUGAACUUUGCAUCAGGAGGAGCUGGCGCUCUUGUUGAAACUUGGGAAGGAUCGGUGAUAGACCUUCAAACUCAACUUGAAUAUUUCAAGAAUGUUAGCAGGGUAUUGAGGGAGGAACUAGGAGAUGCAGAGGCCAAAGCUUUGCUGUCAAGGGCUGUUUACUUGUUUAGUGUUGGAAGCAACGACUACGCAUUCCCUUUUCAGACAAACUCCAGUCUCCUUUACACUUAUUCGGUUGAACAGUACGUAAUGCAGGUGAUAGGCAACAUAACCCAAGUCAUCAAAGAAAUAUAUGAGGUUGGAGGAAGAAAAUUUGGGUUUCCAAAUCUUGGGCCUAUAGAGUGUGUGCCAUUCUUAAGGACAAUGGUGCCUGCAGGGGAAAACAAGUGCUUUGAACCAAUUACACCAUAUGUUGAACUACACAAUAUAGAGAUUUCCAAGGUCCUCCGAAAACUGCAAAGCAACCUCAAUGGAUUCAAAUAUUCAAUUCUUGAUUUUCAUACACUUUUGGAAAAUCUAACCAAUCACCCUUCCAAAUAUGGUUUCAAGGAAGGGAAGGUAGCAUGCUGUGGCAGCGGACCCUACAGAGGAAUAAUGAGCUGUGGUGGAAGGACAGGCGUAACAGAGUAUUAUCUAUGUGACAAUGUUAGUGAAUAUGUGUUCUUUGAUUCUGCUCAUCCCACCGAAAGGGCCUACAAGCAAUUGGCCCAACUGGCUUGGAGUGGAGAACCCAGUGUCACAGGGUCUUACAAUCUUAAAGCUCUUUUUGAAUCCUAGCCUUGAAUGCAAAUGGUUGAUUUUCACAAAAUGGCUUUGAUGGAUGGCUUGGCUCUUCCAUUUCGGUCUUUUCAAAAUUUUAGUAUCACAAAUAAUAUAUCUAGCACAUAUUGAUUGAUCAUGUAGAAUAAACUCAAAAAAAUGUUUGUACCUUGACAAUCAAAACCUAUUUAAGGCAGUUUGAC